AAUAUUCUGUUAGAGGAUAUUUUAGCAAUUAAAUGCCUUUCCCAAGAAAUCAGCUUUCUCUAAUAAUGGAGUCAUCAGAUAUUGUGCCAGUGUGCUGUGCUAUCACUGAACUCCUCUGAAAACACUCCCUCCCUAAGUGGAUCUGUGAUGUGUUAUUUUAUCUUUCUUAGGAAAGAUUAGGAUGUUACUGUGAUUAACUUAGAGUAGUAUUGAAAAGUAUUUUUAUAGGCCUAAAACUGUGUUUCUUAGAUAUGACAUCUACUUCUUUGUGGUUCUGGAAUUCAUCAUUGGAAGAAAACUGGACUGUGAAAAACAAAAAAACACUUAUUUCUGGUGAAUAAUAUUUCCUAGAGAGAGAGAGAGGAAAAAAAGAGAUCAUUUUAAAGCAAGUGGUUUCCAAUUCCACAUAGGAAUGGCCCUUCAUUUACUGUUUGGUUGUAGCAUUUAAUGUGAAUUCUUAGGAAAAUGAGGACUAUUUGUUGUUUCUCUGUGAACAUAUGCUGAUAGCAGAAAGCUUUCCAAGAUAGUGAAGGAGCCAGCUUAUGGGCAUCUCCUUUGUUUUGUCUGGAUGAAAAUUCAUUGAUUUGAAAACUGAUUUUAUGUAGUUUUGGGGAUCAUUCCUGUGGUGGGGAAAAGCAGAGCUUUACUAGCACUUCUAAGGGUUUUCCACAGACUUGUUACAUAAACUGUGCUCUGUGCCAGCAUUUCUGGGCUUUGAGGGGACUUUGGAACUCCAUUAGCUUAACGAGUGGAAUUUCAUUUGGUUUGACUCAUUCUGGUUUGUAAAGUUUGCUACUUGUGGCUUUGUGAAAAUUCAGUAUAUCCUUGGUAUUUAUUAUGCAUACAAAGAGAUUUACAUGCAGUAAUGAAAAACUUGGCAGAAAUAGUCCUGAAUUAGUUUUUAGCAGAGAAAAGAAAUCCUGCAUUAGAGAGAGAAAACAACAGACAAUUGCUCAGACCAAAGAUCUAACCAUCUUUUUUAUACCAGUGGCUACUGGUGAGUGCCUGGGAAAAAAAUAAAUUAGCAUAUUAGAGUAGCACAAACAUGUAGUGUUACUUCGCCCCUGUAAUCAUUCAGCAUAAUGAAUAUAUUCAGCAUUUUCAAUAAUUUGUUGUUUAGCCGAUAAAUGUAUUACAUUUAGCAGAUAUAUAUAUUACAUUAACAUUACAUUUAACAUCCAUUUUCUUAACUUCUUCACUGAAUUUCUUUCAAUCAGUUUUUAACCUGUUUAGCAUGUUUUGGAAAAGAAUCUUAUAUUUCUUUACACAUUGUUUGGAGAAGUAACUCCUCUUUCUUAUUUGCAUCAUUUGAUGUCUUUGUAUUCUUGUACUAUAAAAAAGAGCACUUAUUCUCUCUUCAUUAUUUAUUCCCUAGUGAUUAUCACAUGGAAAAAGUGUUCAGUUUUGUGGUUUAAGUCAAGAAUAAGUGGUUUAUUGAUUUAUUAAUUACAGCUAACCAGCAAUCAACUACCUACAUGUUUAAUUCAAGAGCAGCAACACUGAACAUCCUCAAAGUGUUAAUAAGCACGUGGAAAUUUCUGGGCAUCCCCUGCAGCUCAUCUCAGAGGUUUUAAUCUCCUGCACAGUCUCACAGACAUUCACAGAAUUACAGAUGCUGCCUUUUACAGUGGGUGUCCAACAGAAACACCUCUGGCACUUUCAGAGGGUGGGGUGCAGGUCUGCUGCUGCCUCACAGCUCUGCUGUGAGGUGAGGAUGCUCUGGGUGACUUUGGAAUAUUCUGUAGCACAGCUCUUCUCUUGUGCCAGCAAAUUUUCAGCAGAUAAGUUUUUCCAUUAUAGCUGAACAUAUCAAACCAUUUAUUCAGAUAGUAGAUCUCUUUGCACAAUUGAUGCUGAAUAACAAAAAUGUCCUUCUCCAAGCUGCAAAAAAUAUCUAGGUUUCACUCAUUAUUUUUUGUUCCAGUUUCUUAUCUGGAUGACUACAUGGAUAUUUUUUAGAGCAGGGCCUUUCAGAAUUAUGCUGAAAGGACAUUUAGUUUUUGUUUUCAUUGCUCUUAGGUUUUCUUCCCUCCUAGUUUUUCUUAUCUUUAGGCAUCUUUUAAUAUAAAUUUUAGCUUAUUUUCUCCCAAGAUAACACUACCUUUUAGAUCCUAUCUCUCAUAUAACAUUUGGCUCUGUAAAAAGGCCAAAAAAGGGCAAAGUAAAUGUGAAAGGGUAAUUUUUCAUCCAACUGUAGAAGUGACAGUCUUUAGUACUGUGGCAUUCUAUGAGCAACUGAGCAAAGUCUUUGCUUGCACAAAUGGCAAACCCACGGUAUUGUGCUCAGUAAAGUUCUGAGAAUGUUUGGGAUCUAAAGUCACGCACUGAGCUGUAAACUUAUUUGUGUUUUAAUGGAGACAGGAGAGGAUUGAAAGGAUUUUGGAGAGACAGCUUUGGCAUCAGAAAAUUGCACUGCAGAGAGUAACAGAGGUUUUAUUUUUCUAUUGCCAAAAGAAGAAGCAAGUACACUUAAUCACUCUCUUUUUUUAAGGAUUUAUCAUAGUGCUUGUUGCUUUUUUGCUUGUCCACCUAUGUGAUAAUAAUUUAAACAAAUAUUAAUACUUUUACCUCCAACCCCCAUACUUAGUUAUGAAAAUAAUUCUUAUCAGGACCUUGAAAUGUCUAGUGUAAAAAUAUUUACCAUUCUGGCUUUCUUAUUUCUCCAGCAUUGAAAAAUCAGAAAUUACUCUUUUGGUCUGUGAUGGGUUGCAGGGCUGUCUGCUGGAGUGCCCAGGUUCAAUGGUAUGGAUUUUGAGCCUUAUAAUUUGUCAUGACUGGCACACCUUUCACACACAGUCUCAUUUGUGGUUUGUGUGAAAUGUAAAGUAUUUGUGCUGUCAUGUGGAGAUUGUGAGAGAGAGAAACAAAGGUGGCUCAGAGAAGAAUUUUAUAUUAGACAAAGCCUUAUCUGCACCUCUUUUGUAAGAAUAUAGAUCACAGUAGUAUUGAAGAGUAAUAUUUCAACCCCCCUAUGUACUAUUGUUUGUAUAAGAGCCUGUGCUGUUCAACUGGAAAGUGAGCAAUAAAUACUCACCUAAAAGUGAGCAAUAAAUACCAACCUAAAUACCUCCUAAAAGGAGCUUGUGAGCCACCCUGGCAGAGCCUGGCUUUCUUACAGGAAGUAUAAAAUACUUCACUUUCAUUCUACCCAGCUUGCAUUCUAUCCAAGGAACAAAACUACUUUUAUAAUUAGAAACACAGCAGCAGAACUGUUGUAAAAUUUAACCUCUUUUAUAAGGCACUUCAUUAUCAUCUGCAUGGAGAAAAAGAACAAAGUAAACCUGGUUGUGUUCUGUAUCAAGGCUACAGAAAGAAGUCAAGCUGUGCUUUAAAGCCAGCCUUGCAGUGGCUGAGGGAGAAUUUCCACAAGUGCUGGCAUCACCUGGAGAACAAUUCCAUGGGGAAGCUGGUGGCACUUGCAUUACUGAGUUGGGUGUGCCUUGAAAAAUCUAUGAAAUGAGAAUGGGUUUAAAGAUCAGUGAUGGUUGUGUAAAAAUUGCCACUUUUACAUCAGAGAAUUUUGAAGUGGGGGCUCUUCCCUGAGACCCAGUCUUGAAGUCUGUGGAGGUUUUAAGCAGUGACUCAUAGACCAGCUCUUUGAGGAAUGUACAAAGCCAGAGAAUCUCAAAAAACCUUCCUGCCUGCUUUGGUGCUUUGGCAAAAAUUUGCCUUCACCAGUAUUUUUAUCAAAACACUGAAUAAAACCCAGCAUGAUUAUGGUAGGAUUUUAAUGAAAAGCACAGGAUUUGGGAGACACAUGCAGUAUCUAAGCUGUGUGCACAAUAAAAGCAGAAGUAGUGACUGUCCUCAUUCACUUGUGGGAGCUGACAAACUCCAGAUACUAAAAUUUCUUCUAUAAGGAUUUGGAAAAUAUGCACAAUCUGCAUUCAAGUUUGGGCCAACAUUCCCAAGUAAUUUUUUCUCUGUCUGUUAGCAUUAAGAAUUAAUUUUAUAUAGCAUAAUAUCUUCCAGAGACACAAUGAGUUUUUCAGGUAACACCAACAUAUUCUAGAUAUAUAUUUCUCCUGUUUUGCUCAAGUACCCAGGAGUUACUUUGGUAUGCUAUUUCUGAGUGACUGAAUAUAAAUGUUACUGUGUAAAAUACUUCAUAAGAUAUUAUACUUGAUGUAAACAAUCUCUAACUUGUUUUAUGGUUUUCACAAAACACCUUAAAAUUCUUUCUAGUUCUAUAGAAGUUUCUUUUCCCCCUUUUUGCUUGGAAAUUUUUAUUUUCUGUUUGUUGUCUAAAGAAAGAAAACUUUUAUGAGAAGGUAACUGUUUUGCAUAUGAAAGUUGUAGUACAUCUGAGCUAUUUCAGAUGUUGAUUUAUCUUGGGGAAUAAACAAAAAGUAUCUUUUGAGUUGCUGGGAGGAUAAAACUUUAGAUAACUCUAUUUACAUUUCUAGUGAAAAACUGAAAGUACAAAUACUUCCCCAGAAUGUAGUUUUAAAUUACAAUUUUAUACAUUGGUAAGUAGUUAUUUUUAUGCACAGAAGAAUACAGAUACAUAUCUUUUUCCAGGUUCACCUUCAGCAGCAAGCUGGCAAACUGCAGAAUAAUAACACCAAAGCCAACUGAAAUAAUCAUUAAGAGAAUGCCCUCUAAAAUUACUGGCUCCUCUGUGUAAUCAAUGCCAGUGUGCAGUCUCAGGAUGACAACGAAGGCCUUGGUUAAUAAAUGUAAUCUGAUUAAUCCUCUUAAUGCAAAGUAUGUGCACUGCCAGCCUGUGACACAAGUGCACAGGUCUGUGGAGACUUGUAUGCUGUUGUGUUCAGCUUUUAGUAAAUAAAAUAUGUUGCAUAGCAAAGUAUGGGCUGAAAAAAAAACUUAAUGGAAAAUGAAUCUGUUCAGUCAGUCUCUACCAAAAACAUUUUCAGCUGUGUAUUCACUAAUUUGUCCCAGGGUGAUGCCAUCCUGUUGGAGGGCACUGUUGUGGUAAUUAGUCCCCACAUGUCCAGAGUAAUCAGUGUAUCACUGCGGGGCAGCUGCUGCUUCAAAACUAUUUCUUCCAUUAUAUUUACACGAAGGCAUAACUAUCUUUAAAGUUCAGGUUUUGACAUUUAACAAUGGAAACUCCCAUCUGACAUAAAACUGGUUUCCAGUGGUUUCACUGCAGUGUGCCUGAAAUUACAAGUGCAGCGUUGCCUUCAUUUUCCAGGACACACACACAACAGCAGCGUUAAGGGAGUGUAAUAAGUAUCAGGCAAUCCAUGUUAAGUGCUCUUAACAUAAAUUGUGUAAUUGGGAAACCAUAUAAUCUAGUAGAAGCCUAGGUGUUAGCUUUUAGACAAGUUAUGGUGGCAGGCUCAGCUUUUUGCUGGAAAUUCUUCUAAGUUUAUUUAGCUGAGCUUUUCUGUUGUGUCUGUGACAAUAUAUAAGGAAAGCUUAGUUUGGCUGCCUUGCUGCUUGUAAGUGGAAGGAUAAGCUGCUAAAUCUCUCAUUUGAGUACUCAUGUUUUUGAAUUUUGUCAGUCUUUAAACUGUACAGCUUUCUUUAAUAAUCAUUAAAGUGAAGGAUAUUUCUCUAAGGCUUAGUGUAGCAGAGCUAAUAACUCCUCUAUAUUAAUAGCUACAAAACGAAAGCCAGUUCAAACACCUGAUGACAAGUGGCUAGCCCUGGGUGGACUUUAAGGUGUUAAGCUGUCUCUGGAACUGCUUAGUAAGAAACUACAUUGUAUGAAUCUUAGUUUUUCCAGCAGUUUUGUCAAGGAGUAUUUCCAGUCACUUCACAUCAGAUGCCUUGACACCCUGAUGAGUAUCAAGAAAAUGUUACAUGUCUACCCAUCCAUGUACCUCCAACCCACAAAUGGUAAACUGAGCUGUUUUUCACUCACCUUUAUGUAAGAUCAGGGUUGGUAUUGUUACUUUUAAUGCUGUUCUAGUAAAAUGUUAACCCAGUGCAUUUUCCCAGCAUGGACAGUUCAGGAGUGACGUGGAUGUGCACUAGGUUUUUGGAGAGCAGAAUGACAGCUAGCAUAGGAUAUGAUUCCUCUACCUAUUUUUCUUCAAUCCUGCAUCAAAGCAAGAAGAUAGUCUGUAGAAUGUGUUUUGUAUUUGUCUUUACUAGUGCUCCAGAAAGUUCAGGCCCCUGUGAGGCACUAUGCCCAUUGCCCAACCUCCUUGGACCUAACACCCAUCUACUCAAAAGUCUUCUGCUUCAUAGGGGAAGUCCUGCUUGGUAUUUAUACCAUUCAUUUAUCCUGUAGACAUGUAAAAGGGCCAUGAGAAUGCUUUUGGGCACGUCAAGCUAAUGAGCUGGGCAGGUAAUAGAGAAAUCUGUCCCUUAAAUUAUUAAAAACUCUGCUAAGCAGUUGCUGGUUUAUGGCUGCUUGGCAGAACACCACGCAGCAACAGACAUGUACCUACCUACCUCAUUCUCAACUCUUUAAUAACCUUUUCUCUGGAUUUUUAACUGUUUCCAAGGCAACUGGAAACAGAAACAUCUCUGUAAACCAGAGCUUCCUAGAACUCUCCAUUUCAAGUGGUACACAUAAUAAUUACAGCUUUCUCUUCAUCACCGAGUUUUCAUCAGAUUUUUAAAAGAUCUGCAACUAAAAUUGUCCCAUCAGUAGGUUUGAGACUUUCUUUCUUAAAAAUAUAAAAUGGUCAUGGCAUACAUUAUUUUGACUUCUUGAGGAGAUGUAGAAAAAUACCGUAAGCCUUCCCUUCUGAAAUGCUAAUUAUGAGCAGCCCAUCUGCCAGAGCUGUUUCCAUAAACUAAGCAGGAGGGGUCCACAAUGAAACAAUUACAGAAAUACAGAGAAACCCAGUUUGCAGCUGUAGUUUGAGCAGGUCUGCCACGAGUCUCAGUCUUCAGUGAGACUUUUAGCCAGAGCGUGGCACCAGGUGAGACAACAGUACAGAACAGAAUGAAGUUUUUUCCCCUCUCUCCUGUGGACAUAGGACCACAUUUUUAUAGAGCAUUCUGAAAAUAAAUGUCUUUAUUCUGUAUUAAUCUUCCCAAAGAAAAGCCAGCUGCAGCCAUUUUAGCAGAAGACAGCUAUACACACCGAGUUAUACCCACUAAAGGCAAUACUUUUGCCCAAAUCAGCGUGAGUAAAGUUAUUUGUCCCCAUAAGCUUGCAAACUGCAAAUUUAUGUUUAAAAAUAUCUAGAGAUUUAUAGGAAAACCAGUAUAAAUGUGUGAAAAUAAAUCUGCAAGGUUAUAUUUUAUAGAUUGCUGUUCUGCUGUACUGAUUUAUUAUGCUAUAACUACAAAAUGUUUAAGGCUCUUUCAUAGUAACAACCAUGGUUUUGUCAUUGAAGAAACUGGAGCCUCAAGCCUAAAUGAAACCAGUUUGAAAUAUUUUACUUGUAUGCUCUCUAAUACUUUUGACUUUCUGUGUGUGACCUUGGCCCAGACAGCUUCUCUCUGUCUCAACUUUAGAGGUAUUGAAGAUAUUCUUUCAGCAUUAUCUUUCUAUGAAAAAAAAAUUUAAGAGUCAAAUAAGAAAAUAAACCCCCUAAAGCAUGAUGAGAGAGAAUAAUAUGCAUUUAACAUAUAAUACAUAUAUGCACACAUAUAUGUACUUUAAUUAGUAGCCUAGAUUCUUAGAUUAUUAAAUUCUUCAGGUAUAAGUUUGAAUGGUCAGAUGAUUCAUCCUUUAAGAUAAAAGCAUAUCUGUAUUAUGACAUUCUCAGAUCAUUCCCUACCAUUGGUAAAAUCUCUAAACCAUGCCUGUAAUUGGGCAAGCAGAAGUAACAGUAACAGAACUGUACUAUCAGAGUUAUGAUGUAAAAUGUGCUAUUUUAGGAGUUGAACAGAAGAGGUGACAGCCAGAGACACCAGUGAAAAGCUGCAGUAAAUGGAAAUUAGGUCAGUCUGAGAAGCUGUUCAGGUAAACAGGUGGCUUCCUUGGAGUAAAAGGAGUGUCUCUCACCUCCACCUUUUUUAUUUUAGAUGAGGAGCAUGGCUCAGUUGCUGAAAUAGAUUAAUCUAGUGUGAUUUUAGGUGCUGUGGGUUGUGAGCUGCAUCCAGAAUGAUGCAGGUCUCCCUAAAUCUCCUGUAAGGAUGUCUCAGACUCCUGGGAUAUGUGAGCUGGGCUUAGCAAAGGAGUUCUGCCAAAGGUCUCUGUGUUCCAGCUUCUGGAAACAUUCACUGGUGGUUUUCUCCUCACCAGCAAGUCACCUUCUAAUGAACGUGAGGGCAGCUGGGGAGACAACAGGCAAAAAUCCAAAGUAAGAGAGAACAGGGAAAACAUUACCAACAGACAGGAGACAACAUUUGUAACCAGGUGUAGGAAGCAGUUCAGUGUAAGGCUCACUCCUCCACCACACUUCCACAAGGGUGUGCAGAUACUUCCCACCAGCUUUCCCUGUGACAUUGGCUGCAGUGGAACAGAAAUGUUCUCCUCUGGGCAGUGAUGUGCCUUCACCUGAUUUGACCUUGGAAGCCCUUGGUGUAGGCCCUUAUAGUUCUGCAAUGGGAAUGAGAAUGCUUCUUAUUUAAAUAUUGCAUUUUAUGCUGUUAUAAGUACAUACUGGCAUAAUAAUGACAAUCUGAUUGAAGGGAGUAAGAAGGAUAUAAUUGAUUCAUUUUUCUAAACAUUUUACAAAAAUAGCUUUCAUGCUUUUAAAUAUUUAUUUUAUAAUGCCCUUGGCCAUUUUAUUUUUACUGUUUUGAAGUUUUAUCUGAAAAUAAAAAUAGUUUAAAUUCAAAUUAUAAUGUAUGUAUUGAAUCUCAUGAAUCUAAGCUUUAUAUCUGGCAUUUCUUCAUUUUCUUGAGAAAUAGACUUGAAUUUUUUUUUGGUGUUGGAAUUAUUGCUGCUUGUGUCUAUUAUGUUCAUUUUUAACAUUUAAAAGAAAUAUUUUCUUUCCAAAAAGAAGUUAUUUUCAUUGUUUUUUCUUUAAGGAGGCACAUGCUGGCCACAUAAGCCAGCUGCAAUCCUAAUGUUCCCUGGAGGUCAAUUUUUAAAAACAUAUUAAAAUUAACAAACUUUGAUUGAGGUCUCCUGUGUCUGUUCUUAUUCUAUCUCCUUAGAACGUUCCUUUUUGAGUUUUCUUGUGCUUAGUCAAAUUCGGACACGUGAUGAACUGAUGUAGGAUGAGGAUCAUGAUCAUUGUAUACCUCGAGUUUCAAAAUUAUGUUUUGGCAAUUUUGUCCAAGGAACAAAACUUGUUUGGAGAUGAAGAAAUAGAUGAUGAUGAUGGUGAUGAUGAUGAUGAGGAGGAGGAGGAGGAGGAAGAAAAAGAAGUAGAAGAAGUAGAAGGAAAAGAAGAAACAGAAGGAGAUGAAACAAAAGAAGGAACAGAGAAAGAAGAAAAAGAGGAAAAAAAUGAAAAAGAGAAGGAUCGUAAAUCACCUGAGGGAGAGACAAGCAGUAGUAGUAGCACUGUGGAAACUGCAGAGACAGAGGAGACUACUCAGAAAGAGACCAUCGUUCAGCAGGAGAAGGAAAGCCCUGACAAUCACACUAUGAACAAUUCUUCAGAGAACACUGAUGACCAAAAAACUGGAGGAAUUGUGGGGAGAAAAAAGUUUUCCCUGUUUAAGCGAAAGCCACUGACAAGCCAGAAGAAUGUAUGUAGCAGAAAUGAAGACAGCUCUGAAAAGCCAUUGCAGAGUGAAGACAAAGAAAAGGAAGAUUUAACUGGUGAAGACAGUAAGGAUGAAAAUCAGAAUCAUACACUGGAGAAUUCCAGUGAAACUGUGACUAACCAGGACAGAAGGAUGAAAGUUAAUACAUGUAUAUUGCUGUAACACUGUUAUAAUAUAUGAGAAUGUGACAGUCUUAAAGCAUAUAGUGCAAUUUUUACUUGAAAACAGUUAUGACUCAAGAUGUUGAUGGCUGCUUUUUUUGAUUGAUUGGAUUGCUGUAAUUUUAAAUAGGCAGAUUAUUUUCUUGGUAUUUAUUGGUAAUUUUAAUAGUGUGAAAUGAUAUGCUUAUCAGCACCUUCCUGGAGAUCUGUGGCCUUACUUGUUGAUGUUCUAAAGCAAAAUAUGGGGGUUUUUUAUGUGAAAAGUUGAAUACAGGCAUUUUAUGGUUUUUCCUAAGUAUUUUUAUUCUCUUUCAGUCUACAGAAUACUACUUUCAGCAUGAUACUCUUGCAAAAUUAUAAUAUUUGAUGUAAGAUAUUAUUUGGUUUAACCUAGUUAAGAAUAUUGAGGGUACUCACUUAGAUAUGUACAUGUUUCUUUCUGUUUUGACAUAGAAAAAAUAGCAGUAAAACCCUCAAGUUAACUUGUAGGCCAUUAUGGAAGAAGUUAAGUUGAGUAUGUGCCUAAUUUCACACAUGGCAGCAGUCCCAGUGGAAACAGUGUAAGGAUGGAAGUAUCCUGCCAAACUGGGACAUGGAGAAAGCUUUUAUUUCUGAGAGGUGCUGAAAGCCUUUGCUCCUGCUGAAAUUGGCAUAAGCUGCUGGGCCUCUCUCCUCACUGCAUCAGGCCCAGUGAAAACUGGAUACCCUCACUCUUGUUUCACUGGAUUCUAAUCCUGUAUUCUCUGAACAUCCACACCUUUAUGAGUCUCCAGUGAAGCUUUCCUCACAGGAAAAUAAUGCAACCAGAGGUACUGAGGCAUCAGUAUGACAAACUGAUCAUUAUGGGGUAAAUAUUCAUGUUUUUCUCAGGCAGACUGGCUUUUCUUCAGAUGGACAUUUAGCAUGAGGAGCCAAAAAUCAGUACAAAUAAAAUCUUUUUAACACCACUGUAUCAUUAAGAAGCAGGAGUUCCUUAUUCAUCCAGAUGCUCAAGGGGAUAGCUCCUCUAAAAUAUUGUGCAGGCUGAGUACAGAAAAGGCUCCUGUUUAUAUACUGUGUUUUACAUACAUAAUCAUUGAUUUUUCCAGAAUAAACAUACACAUGAUAAAUAAUUUCCCUGAAAUAACAUAUUUUCCCUCCCAUUUGCACACAUUCUUCUGUCCUGGAGGUCCCUUUGCUGGUCCCUGGUGGUCGGUGACCCCAAAGUGAUCCCUGACCACACAGUGAAGGUUCUGCAGUGAACCUUACACGAAGGGGUUUUUUCUCCAUUAUAUUCACAUAUUUUCUUAUUUUUCUGAAUGCACAUGUGGUUUCUGUUCCACUUGGAUACUGUUGAGAAGAGUAAAGUGGAAAAGGAGAAAUAAAGUAAAUGGUACCCUCAUUAAUUUAAAUAAGCUUUAAUUAGUUUUUACGGGGAGAUCAGUCACAGAAAUUGUUACUGUAAGAACAAUUUCUUUUUUUAAUGGUGAACUAAUUUAGUGAGAAAUAUUACUUUAAAAUGGGAAUGACCCUCAAAUCUAACACUACAAAGUUUAUGUAAUGGACUGUAAACUGUUGUAUGUCUGAGCAGUUUUAGGGACUGGUACAUUUAUCUUGUCCACACACUUUGCUUCAACAAGAAGCAGGAAUAUAUUAACCCAUUCCAAUGUCUUUUCUACAUGUCUUCAUUUUUAAUAAAAAAGAUUAAUCAAAUAA